UACAGUUCUUAUUCCCUUUUGAAAAACGUGCACGACAUUUGUGAAAUUCGAAGAGAAAUUUUCCAGACCAAAAAUUUUUGAUAAAUUUGACAAAAAUACUAAAUACUUUAAAUAUAAAUUAAAUAAAAACGUAAUAUAUUAUAAAAAUGUUGCGCGUUACAAAGUUUUUGCCCCGUUUGGCUGGUCAACGUCAAGCAGCCAGUUUGGUGACCGGAAAAUAUUCUAGCAUAUUCGAAAAUCAAACUAACAUCUUGAGCAAUGGACUUGCCUCCCAAUUGCGUCACAAAUCCGGUGAAGUCAAAGGUGCCGUCAUCGGUAUCGAUUUGGGUACUACCAACUCUUGCGUAGCCGUUAUGGAAGGUAAACAAGCAAAGGUUAUUGAAAAUGCUGAAGGUGCUCGUACUACUCCAUCUCAUGUUGCCUUCACCAAGGACGGUGAACGUUUAGUUGGUAUGCCAGCUAAACGUCAAGCUGUUACCAAUGCUGCUAACACUUUCUAUGCUACAAAACGUUUAAUUGGUCGCCGUUUCGAUGAUCCCGAAAUCAAAAAGGACAUGAAGAAUUUGUCUUACAAAGUUGUUAAGGCCUCAAAUGGUGAUGCCUGGGUUUCCUCUACCGAUGGCAAAGUAUACUCUCCCUCACAAAUUGGUGCUUUCAUUUUAAUGAAAAUGAAGGAAACUGCUGAAGCCUACUUGAACACACCUGUUAAGAAUGCUGUUGUUACUGUACCCGCCUACUUUAACGAUUCACAACGUCAAGCCACCAAGGAUGCUGGUCAAAUUGCUGGUCUUAAUGUUUUGCGUGUAAUCAACGAGCCUACCGCUGCUGCUUUGGCUUACGGCAUGGAUAAAACCGACGAUAAAAUUAUUGCCGUUUACGAUUUGGGUGGUGGUACCUUCGAUAUUUCCAUUUUGGAAAUUCAAAAGGGCGUCUUUGAAGUUAAGUCCACCAACGGUGACACCAUGUUGGGUGGUGAAGAUUUUGACAACCAUAUUGUCAACUACUUGGUCUCUGAAUUCAAAAAGUCCAGCGGCAUUGACAUCACCAAGGAUUCAAUUGCCAUGCAACGUCUUAAGGAAGCUGCCGAAAAAGCCAAAUGCGAAUUGUCUUCCUCUCAACAAACAGACAUUAAUUUGCCUUACUUGACCAUGGAUUCCGCUGGUCCCCAACACAUGAACUUGAAAAUGACACGCUCUAAGUUGGAAAGCUUGGUUGGCGAUCUCAUCAAGCGUACCAUUCAACCCUGUCAAAAGGCUUUGGCCGAUGCUGAGGUUAGCAAGUCCGACAUUGGAGAAGUACUUUUGGUUGGUGGUAUGACCCGUAUGCCUAAGGUACAAGCCACCGUACAAGAAUUGUUCGGUCGUCAACCUUCUCGCUCCGUCAAUCCCGAUGAAGCCGUAGCUGUAGGUGCCGCUGUACAAGGUGGUGUCUUGGCUGGUGAUGUCACCGACGUUUUGCUUUUGGAUGUCACACCUUUGUCUUUGGGUAUUGAAACUUUGGGUGGUGUAUUCACACGUCUCAUCACUCGUAACACCACCAUUCCCACCAAGAAGUCGCAAGUGUUCUCCACCGCUGCUGAUGGCCAAACCCAAGUCGAAAUCAAGGUUCACCAAGGCGAACGUGAAAUGGCUGCUGACAACAAAAUGUUGGGUUCCUUCACCUUGGUCGGUAUUCCCCCAGCACCCCGUGGUGUUCCACAAAUUGAAGUAGUCUUCGAUAUUGAUGCCAACGGUAUUGUCCAUGUAUCCGCCAAGGACAAGGGCACAGGCAAAGAACAACAAAUUGUUAUCCAAUCUAGUGGUGGUCUUAGCAAAGAUGAAAUCGAAAACAUGGUUAAGAAAGCCGAAGAAUAUGCCGCCGCCGACAAGAAGAGACGUGAACUCGUUGAAUUGGUCAACCAAGGUGAAUCAAUUGUCCACGAUACCGAAACUAAAAUGGAAGAAUUCAAGGCUCAAUUACCUGCUGAAGAGUGCGAGAAAUUGAAGAAGGAAAUUGCUGAUUUGCGUACAAUGUUGGCCAACAAGGACGAAGCUGAUCCCGAAGAAGUCCGCAAGGCCACCAGCACUUUGCAACAAUCUUCUUUGAAACUUUUCGAAAUGGCCUACAAGAAGAUGGCUUCUGAACGCGAAGGUAGCAGCAGUUCAGAACAAAGCUCCGAAGAGAAAAAGGAGAAAGAGGACAAGAACUAAAUAAUUUUAAUCCUCCUCUUUUUAAUUAAUAUUAAUUUUAUCUAUAUAUAGUUAUAUAAUUGUUUUUUGACUAUAAGUUAUUUCCUCACUACUCUAGGACAGGAUAUUUUCUUUUCGUGUAGUCAUCCUCUGGCUGGUAGUAUAAGGUUUUUAUUGUUUAUUAUGCUACCUUAAUCUGGGCUCCCAAUUUUUCUGGCAGCCUGGACCUGUAGGUCAUUUAUUAAUAAGGCGUAAUACGUUUCAAACGUAAUAAAAAUCCUUAAUAGAUGUUUAUCUUAGUUUCUAGUGUUUUUAGUAGCAGAAAGCGUAUUACGUUUUAAGUUCCCCCUUUUGUAUAAAUGAAAACUAAUUUAGAGUAGUAGGCCAAGAAAAAAAAAGAAAGAAUGAAAUAAGAAAUAUUUGUUCCCUACUCUGCCUCAUAACACAUUUUUAACUGUUUUUAGUUUGUAACGAUGAAAUGCAAAAAAGCACUUACAGGUUAUUAUUCAGUCGUUGUGUCAGAUAAAGAGACUUGAAAAAUAUUUAUAAAAUAAAACGAAGAAAAAAGAACAA